GAAGAAGGAGCAAGCAAAUAUGCCAAUCGCCGCCGCCGUCAACUUCCACCCGGUGACGACACGAUAUGGCGGCGCACUCGCCUUACAACCAUCUCCUUCCUUACGUACCUCCGUAUCUGUUUGUAAUAACGCCGUCAAUACUAACGCGGCGCGUGUUGCUUCCCUCUCGCUUUCCAUGAAUUCCAGCCCUAAUUUCACCUCAGGCCGUCGCACAUUUCUAAUGUUAUCCUUCGCUGCUGUUGGAGGUGGCGGUGGAGAUAGUGAUGAUAAUUUUAACGGUGGAAAUGGAGGCGGUAACGGUGGAGGUGGUGGUGGUGGUGGUGAUGGUGGAAAUGAGGAGAGUGGCGAUCAGAAAAGGAAUAAAAAGGAGGCUUUGAUGGCGUUGACGGAGGCAGGUAGGUCGUUGGAUAGUUUGCCGAAGGAUUUGAAGGCGGCUAUUGAGGAUGGGAGAAUACCUGGAUCCAUAGUAUUGAGGUAUUUUGAGCUAGAGAAAUCUCCAUUAAUGGCAUGGUUGCUUCAAUUUGGAGGGUUUAAGGAGCGGCUAUUGGCAGAUGAUCUCUUCCUCGCUAAGGUUGGGAUGGAGUGCGGCGUCGGUAUUUUCACAAAGACUGCUGCUGAGUAUGAGCGCCGCAGGGAAAACUUUUUUAAUGAGCUGGAAAUUGUUGUCGCCGACGUGGUGAUGGCCGUAAUAGCAGAUUUCAUGCUUGUCUAUCUUCCUGCUCCAACUGUUUCUCUCCGACCGCGAAUGGCUGCUGUUAAUGCUGGACGAAUUGCCAAGUUCUUUUACAACUGCCCAGAUAAUGCCUUUCAGAUGGCCCUGCCUGGAACAUCAUACUCAGUGUUGCAAAGAAUAGGUGCAAUAGCGCGCAAUGGGUCUAAACUUUUUGCUGUUGGAACUGCCUCUUCCCUGGUUGGCACAUUGGUGACAAAUGCAGUACUAAAUGCUAAGAAGGCUGUUAAUAAGUCUGCUGCUGAAGAAGUGGAGAAUUUGCCUGUUGUAUCAACCAGUGUAGCUUAUGGUGUUUAUAUGGCAGUUUCCAGCAACCUUCGAUAUCAAGUUGUAGCUGGUGUAAUUGAACAACGGAUUUUGGAGCCCAUGCUACACAAACACAAGUUGAUGUUGAGUGCAAUGUGCUUUGCUGUGCGAACAGGCAACACAUUCUUGGGUUCACUAUUGUGGGUUGAUUAUGCCCGUUUAAUCGGAAUUCAAAAGGCUCACGACGAAGCUCCUAGCGAAAAGGCUCAUGAGGCAUAGGUGCAUUCGCUUGGUUUUGAAUUUCAGAAAGUCGAUGUCUGAUUGCUAGACCAUUUGAACAUUACAUGGAGAUAGGUUAGUGGGAAAUAAUUUGCUUUAGCAGAGGUUAUAGACCUAGCAUCUUCUUAGGCCUCUCAAGUAUUUAUAUGUGUGUUGGUAAUUUGAAGAUCCUAUUCUUUUUUGGGCUGAGAUGCUUGUUGCCAAGUUUUUUCUUUACACUCUGUCAUUUUUGGUAAACUUUUAUAAGUACCAAUUAUGGGAUUACGAAGAUAUUUGUAAAUCGAAUGCAUCUUUUUUCGCGCUUGGAA